UUACUCGAAAGUAUCGUUUACGGAAAGAAUACAGUCGUCUGAUACGGUGAAUAAAAGAAUAUCUUAAAAAUGGAAACCAUCAAUGUCACCAAGAAUAAUGAUAUUAACAAAUUGUUCUCAUUUGAAGAAGUGAAGGAGGUAACAAAACGCGCGCUGAGUAAUGAUGCCAAUCUAAUAGAAUACGCUAUUCGACCGUACUCCAGCGGCAGGCUCGGAUAUCUCAGCUCUCAUUAUCGGCUCGAUGUAAUAGCUAUGAGGAAAAAGGAAACCAUUACUCUUUCAUUCUUUAUAAAGGCCGUACCUUAUGAGGUGCCCGAUUCAGCUGACUACGUUAUAGAAAAGGGUGUCUUCAAGCAAGAGACAAUGUUUUAUAACGUCAUAAUGCCGUUACUUCUCGAAGGAUAUUGCGGAGAAUCGUGGGCGGCGAUGUGUUACAAAAUAAAGAGCGAUUCGAUGGUCCUUGAGGAAUUAAGUGAUAAGGGCUACUCGAUACGGGACAAAUUAUUCGACAAGUCACUCGUAAGUGCGGGUUUAAGCACUCUCGCGCGAAUGCAUGCCGCUUCUUUGUUGGCGGAAACUCGUCUCGGCACAUCUCUCAACCGGCUGUAUCCUGACGCCUUCGUGGAGAGAGGCUACGCUCAUGAAGGGAUGACGCGAGAGUGGAUGCAAUCAGGCAUCGACGUAGCCGCAGUCGUAGCCGAAAGUAUGGGAUACGAUCCCGACCUGAUACGUUCGGUCUGCGAAGAGAUAUAUCAUACUACAAAGCCAUCGCGCACGAAGACGAACGUGGUUAGUCACGGGGAUCUUUGGGCCAACAAUCUUCUCUUCAAUAACGACGUGCCGCCUAAAUGCUUGCUGGUAGACUUCCAAUUAUUGAGAUACUCUCCACUAGCGCACGAUGUGGCACAGUUAUUGUAUUUGUGUACAGACCGAAGCUUCCGAGAGACUUGGGAGAGCACCAUGUUGCAUCAUUAUUAUGACACGUUGCGGGAAACUCUGAACAUGCACGAAAUCCGUGUGCAAAUACCCCCAUGGUCAGAACUGAUCGAAGGUAUGGAGGAACAACGUCUAGGCGCCGUUAUUACCACGGUACUCUUCUUUCCUACGGUUUUAAUGGACGAGAAUCUUAGCGCGCAAUUAAUGAACAAUCCGGCGUCUUACAUGAAGUUCUAUUUUCGAGACAAGAAAGAGUUCGUCCUCUUAAACAUGAAGAAAGAUCCGAUUUACAAUAAAAGGAUCAGCGAAGCUAUCAUCGAACUCGCCGAAUUUGCUUUGCGAUUAGACCAAUUACCAAAACCAUCUUAAAAAAUUAGGAUGACGCGAUUGUCG